AUGGAGAAUGCAGCACUUAUUGACUGGAUCAGCAACUUACCGGAUGAGUUACUCCUUCACAUUCUCUCCUUACUCCCAACCAAACAUGCUUUCUCCACCACCGUCCUCUCCAAGAGGUGGACCGCACUCAGCAAAUUACUCACGGCUCUCCACUUCGACGACGAAUCCCUUCACGACGAAGAUGCCUUCUUCCGCUUCCGUAGCUUCCUUGACACCGUCAUGCUCUCCACAGAACUUAUCAAAACACUUAACCUCAAUUGUAAUUCUAUCCACUGGCGACAACAUGGCCGUUUCAACAACUUUAUCCAAACUGCCAAACGCCAUCCUCUGGAAAAUCUCUACCUAUAUUCUUCUAUAGUUAAUUUGACUAACGGAAUCACCUUGCCACUAACUACUUUCACCUUUCCAAAGCUUGUGGUUCUAAAAGUGAAGAUGUUCUAUUUGAGUGGUGAUAUCUCCGUUGAUCUUCCAUCGCUUAAGACCCUUCAUUUGGAGGUUGUUUAUUUCAAAGAUCAUGAGACUUUCAAAAAGUUUCUUUAUGGGUGUCCCAUUUUGGAAGAUUUGAUGACUCAGAUUUCCUAUAUCACGCCAGAUGAGAGUUCUACAGUUCAUUCAGCAGGAGAGUUUAAGUCUUUAUCCAAGUUGAUCAGAGCCGAAAUCCGUGAAUCUGAUGUUCCCUUUACAGCAGUUUAUAAUGUCCAGAUUUUAAAAAUCUGGGUGAAUAGAAGAAAGCUUCCUGAGCAAGUGUUCAUUUCCAAUAGCAGAAGCUUUCAAAACCUAAUCCACCUUGAAUUGUUCGGACACGCAUCUGAAGACUGUGAAGAUCUGAUGGGGCUGCUCCAGAAUUGCCCCAAACUUCAAUUUCUUACUAUUGCUACGUUGCUAGACAUGGAUUUAUUCAAAAACUGGAGAUACCCAAAUACGAUUCCUAAUUGUAUUUCUUCUCACCUCCGAUCAUGUACUUUAAGGUUUGACGCCUUCGACGUGGAUCUUCGAUUAGCAACGUAUAUUUUAAAAUAUGCGCCACUUUUAGAGGUCCUGAAAAUCACCAUAUUUCAUGCACUACAACUCCAAGGUGCUUUAGAAGAAUUAAUCUCGUGUCCAAAGAUUUCUUCUAAAUGUAGUAUUAAUAUUUCAAUUGGUCGUUCCUAUUAG